CUCUGACUCUGGCGAACAGACCGAGACAGGUUUUUGUACCGCGUUAACAGGAGGAAAAUACUUGAUUUUGUGAAGAACGUGUUUAAAAUGACAGAAGAAGACGAAAAACAAAAGAAGAACCCGUUUAGCUUCAACCAAUACUAAGCAGGGCUCCGCUUUCACACUACAGAUGAGAAAAGAGAUAACGAAGCAGUCUACACAUCAGCCAUCUUUGUCUGCAUCUUGAACUUCAAGUCUUCCUAAAAACCCACGGUCCUCUACCACCAUGUAGACGACAAAAGCCAGGAAAAGAAAGACAACAGCUUGACACAGUUCAUGAUGCCAGAAGGUGAUCAGGAUCAGACGGGGGUUGAGGAAGAAGGAGAGAACGCUAAAUCACUCGUGCCAGAUGUGGCUAUUUCCUGCAGUAGUGGGCAAAAUAUGCCAGCAGUUGAACUUGAAGAUUUCAGUCAAACAUCAGAUGCUAUCCAAGAGUUCAUGAAUAACAGUAACAUUGUUUUUGAGAACAGUCCAGGAUUUAAUGAACCCAAAGAGUCCGGAUUAGUUGAAACCGCAAAAGUCCCUGAACCUUUGACCUUGAAAGGUUUGGACCUCGACACCCAUGAUGUCUUAGACAGUGGCGCUUUCAUUUUUAACACCAACCUUUGCAGUGAUGCCUUAUCUGAAGACGACAGUAGCUCACUUGAAAAGACUAAUCAUGUCAAUUUCUCAGAACUUGAAUCAGACUCUACCAUGGAUUUGCAUAUUUCAGAUGGAAAUCAGGAAAAUCCGCUUGAAGAAAAUGCAAAAAGCCCAAACUGUGGCAGUUCACCCACAUUGGCAGAUGGCUCACCUGCAGUUUACCAAGUGAGGGACAGCAUUGACGUUAGGUGGGACGACUCAGAUAAUGACGACGACCAACGUAGUAUCUUGUCCAGGCAGAGUAUGAAGGAUGGCAUGUGCUGCUGCUACCAGACCUUUCACAGGGCGUGUCUACGAUGUGUGGAGGAGACGCCGGCCAUGCUGUCUGGACUAGUGUUGUCUAUAGUCUUCUGUGUGGUCAUCAUCAUCCUCAUUCCAACCACUGGACGGGAUGCCAAAACUCAUGUUGGUGCUUUGGCAGUCGUGUGCGUGGUCCUCUGUCUUAGCACACUCUUGCUUGUGUGUUUGCCUUGGCUCGCCACCGUGCGGCGCUGUGGAGGCGCCCUGGCCCUCUUUGUCUGGGGAACGCUGUACACCGUAGCUGUUGUGUUCAUCUUCACUGGAGGCCCUGUCACUGCAUGGGAACAGGUGGCGUUUUUCCUCUUCCUGACUCUCAGUGUCUACACAGUGCUCCCUCUUUCUCUGACCUGGGCGCUCAUAGUUGGAAUCUGGACCAGUGUUUCACACAUUAUCAUCAUCAGUGUGUAUGUUGCCACCACAAGCCCAAACACACCAGACUUGGCUGUGCAGCUGGUUGCAAACGCAGUGCUGUUUCUAUGUGUGAACUGCAUUGGGAUUUUCCACCUGUGGACAACGGAGCACGAUCUCAGGCUAUCCAAUCAGAAAAGAGAGGAGUUCAGCGCCAUUCGCUCCCAGAAGGAAAUUAAGAAAUAUCAGCAGGAGCAGCUCCUCUUGUCGGUGUUGCCACGCUACAUCGCCAUGGAGCUAAAGACGGAGGUAAUAAAGAGGCUGACCAAGCCCAAGAGUGAAAAGGAAAACGAAUCCAAACUCAACAACUUUCACAGCCUCUACAUACGGCAGCACAAAGACGUCAGUAUUCUCUAUGCAGACAUUGUUGGCUUCACUAAGUUGGCAAGUACCUGCACUCCAGAAGAGUUGGUUGCUGUGCUCAACAAGCUCUUUGGCCGAUUUGAUGACAUAGCCAAGAAAAAUGGAUGUCUUCGCAUCAAAAUCCUCGGUGACUGCUACUAUUGUGUGUCCGGUCUCCCUGAUCCCAUCCCGACUCAUGCAAAGAACUGUGUACAGAUGGGCCUGGACAUGUGCAGGGCUAUCAGUAAACUGCGAGAGGCAACAAGUGUUGACAUCAACAUGCGUGUGGGCGUUCACACUGGCUAUGUGCUCUGUGGUGUGAUUGGCCUGCAGAAGUGGCAGUAUGACGUUUGGUCACAUGAUGUGACAUUGGCCAACCACAUGGAGUCUGGAGGUCUGGCUGGACGGGUCCACAUCACGGAGGAAACACUGCAUCAUUUGAAUGAAGCGUACCAAGUGGAGGAUGGGAAUGGGGGAAGUCGAGAUCCUCUUCUUCAGGGAAGAGAAACCUACUUAGUAAUCGAUCCUCGUGAAACAGAACGCAUUUCAAGGAGGCCUAAAGUGGUGAACAGUCUUGUAUCAGGUGAGAGCAGGCAGCGCGUGUCAGUGAGGAUGUCUCAGUACAUGCAGUCCUGGCGGACCAUUCACCCCUUUGCUGACCUCAGCAACCCUGACAGCAAUGGCCCAAUGAAGAGAAACUUCCCAUGCAAUCUUGUUUCCAGCAAGUUGCAGCAAACUGGAGACAGACCUCCAAACCACAACAACCCUGGAUGUCUGGUUGUGGACAGUCGUGUCAGGGCAUCACUGGAAACAGUGGACAUUGCAUGGCGCAGAGCUAAAAAGCUCAACUGUUUGACACUUCUGUUUAAUGACCUUAGUCUGGAAAAACAGUUCAGAGUUUCAGAGGUGAAGGGCUUGCACAAGUCAAUAAUCUGCAUCUCCAUGAUCUUCAUCACUCUCUUCACCGUCCAGAUGCUGGUCUCUGAAAAGAACUUUGAGAUGGCAGUUUCUUAUGGUGCAACCUUCCCUGUUCUCAUCCUGCUUCUGUCCAUGUCCUUCACAGGGUAUUUGGAGAAAUGGCGCUCCAAGAUACCAGCUGGAGUUCAGUGGAUAUCAGGACUUAACCAUAGGCUAGCCACCAAGGUGGUGCUGCGUCUGUUUGUGGUCCUUCUCUGUGUGCUUAUUACCCUGCUCAUGGCCAUCCUUAACUUUUUCUUUCUACCAGGAAAUAACUGCACUGCUGUCACCAACAGUUCUGAGAUGGAGGGUCUCAAACUCUACACUGUGCCUUAUUACCUGUACUGCUGCCUGCUAGCAAUGCUGGGUGUGAUCGUGUUCGUCAAGAUAUGUUUGUCAAUUAAAGCUCUGCUGUUAACUCUGGCCGUGGUGGUUUACCUCGCACUCUUCCUUGAAGUUUACGCUUCACGGUCCUUCUGCCUCGUUGACCUUCUCUACAACGACACAAUGCCAGGCGUACUGAAAGAUCCUCACAUCAUGUCUGGGGUUUGGCUGGUCAUCUUUUUCAUCAUAUGCCUCAUACUGGCCAGACAGGAUGAGCUAAGUUGCCGUGUGGACUUCCUAUUGGAUCACUGUUUCCAAGCAGAGCGUGAGGAGAUGGAGACCAUGGAGAAUGUCAACAAACUGCUCUUGCAGAAUGUCCUGCCACUCCACGUCGCCUCCUUCUUCAUGGGCAAAACUAUCCGCAACCAGGACCUGUACAGCCAGUCCUACGACUGUGUGUGCGUAAUGUUUGCCUCAGUUCCCCAAUUUAAAGAGUUCUACAGUGAGAGCAGUGCCAACAGAGAUGGGCUGGAGUGUCUGCGCUUCCUCAAUGAGAUUAUCGCCGACUUUGAUGAACUGCUCUCAAAACCCAAAUUCUCUUCAGUGGAGAAAAUCAAAACAAUCGGCAGCACGUACAUGGCAGCUGCAGGACUGACGCACUCACCACCAGGGGAUGAAAGAAAGAAACAAGAGAUGUCCUACAGUCACGUGAGAGCCAUGGUGGAGUUUGCAUUCGCUCUCAUGGCUAAACUGGAGCUCAUCAACACACAUUCCUUCAACAGCUUCAAACUCAGGAUUGGUAUAAACCAUGGACCGGUGAUUGCUGGAGUUAUUGGAGCUCAUAAACCUCAGUAUGACAUCUGGGGCAACACUGUUAAUGUGGCCAGUAGAAUGGACAGCACGGGAGUGUUGGACAAGAUCCAGGUGACAGAGGAAACUACACAUAUGGUGGAGAACGUUGGCUACACCGUCACUCUGAGGGGUGUCGUUAACGUGAAGGGCAAAGGCCAACUUACCACCUAUUUUGUGGACACGGACCAGUGCAUCCGUCGGCUCGGUUCAGAUUUCCAGGGAUCAAACAUCACGCAGACCUAAAGUUAACUCUCACCACAUAACAUUAGCAAAAGCCCUUGGUAGUUGCUACGUUGCAUUGAUAAAUUUGGGUUAAUGUGGUGGCAACUGAGUGCAAAAACCUGAUUAGGCAGUGGUUUGCAUGAAUUGCUUAAUGUUUUGCCAAAUGACUCAUUGUCAUAACUGAGAUGUGGCUACAGCUACCAAGAAGCUGCCUCUCUCUGUGGGGUUGAGGCAUUAAAUAACAUCCUAACCAGAAAAAAGAGAAAAUAACCAUGCACAAUUUUCACAAAAAAACAACUAAUUUUAAAUAAUUCUAUAUCUUCAUACACACAGACAGACAUUCCUCCUCGUGUUCUUUUCAAAAAUAACUUUUUUCCAAACUUCUGGUAUGGGCUGUGUCAAAGCCGUGUGCCACAGAUGCAGAUGUCAGUAAAUGUUAUGCACCACCUGUGAUGAGCCGUUUCAGCAGUUGUCAGAAAGUGAAACUGCAGCACAUUUCGAAUCACAAAAAGGACUUUAGUGUUGCAUUAGUCCAACCAGAAAAGCUGAUACUUGCUAACUUCAGGGGAAAAAACAUAUUUUAUUAGCUGUGCCUAGAGCUCCCUCUGCUGGACCAGAGGGUAACUAAUUUACAGCUACGGGUGGAGACGGAUUGUUUUUAACCCCUUUCAUUCUAGUUAAUGUUAAAAUGUU